AUGAACAUUCAAAAUGGCCUCCAGUCGAAAAAGAGAAGGCAAAGAACGUAUUUCUCAGAAUAGCGAUGAAAAUGGUGGUGAAUUACAUGGUACAAGCAAGGAAAUAAAAGAAACAGGUGAUCGACUUCAGCGGGAACAUUUUCUAAAACCUGAUUCUGAUCAAAUUGACCUAAAUCUAUUACUUGAUGCGGUACUUGACAUAAAUGAUAAAUUGAGAACUCAAGAACAAGAUCCAAGUUCUUAUGCUGGAAUGCCUAGAAAAUAUACUGGGGAUUGUGACAGUGUUUGUAAAUCACACUCGUCGAAGAAACAAUUCCAUUUAACGCAAGAAAUUCCAAAAAGAAGUGAAAAUAGACGAAAUUUUUCCUUCCGCAAUGAGCAGGUUUUAGCUAUUGACAUGGAGAAUCAACGAUUGUUAAGAGAAAUAAGUCGACCAAGACCAUGUUCUGCAGUUUCAACCAGAAAGGAGAAGUUUAAGAACAUUGUUCAUGAGCCAGUUCGUAUUAAAACGUCGUCUGAAGUAAACAGGAAAAGAUUUCAAAGGCGAAUAGACGAGGAAAAUCAGGCUUUACUUCGCCGACUUGAAGCCGUUAAGCCAACAAAGGGCUUAAAUCGGGAACAUUUAUUACGAAGUGAAACCAGUAAGAAAAACAGAAGUCGACCAAGUAGUGCCUGCAGCUCACCAGGAAGAUUGAGUACUAGAACUGGACUUGUAACUGGACAUAAUUUUGAUCAGAGGGACGAUGGUUCAGUUCAUUCAGAUAAAUCAUUUAGGAAGACAUAUGCAAAACCAGAAUGGGAGGCCGGUUGGUGAUUCUGUUAAUGCAACACAUUGUACUCAUCUAGUAAGCUAGUAACAAAGAUAUAGUGCAGUAAUGUACCAUAUGGAAACCUGAUUGUUUAAAGCUUAUUUGACACCAAAGUGCAAAAAAUAUGUUUAUUCCUAAUCUGCAAGUAGUAUUAUACUUGCAGUGUGAAAUAUAAGUGAUACAAACAAAAAUUGACUGUCAGGUCAAUUAGGUGUUUAAAUGAUCUAAAAUAAUUUACUCUCCAACUUUGUGACUUGUGCUUAAUAAUGUUAAUAUGUAUAAUAUUAAGUAAAAGAAAGUAGGAUGGUCCUUUCUGUGUCUUUAAAGAUCUGGUAGAAUUUUGUCAUCUUCAUUCAGUUGCCUAGCUUGCCUUUAAACUAGGUAAUUACUAACAAGAGCGUAUUGGACAGAAAUUGGGCGAAAAAUUCAAUGUCAAUGGCUCGUGUUUUCUGGUGCUUAAUUCGUUCUCCUGUUAGCUUUUUUUUACCAAAUUAAGCAACGAAAAUACGAAAUGAGAUAUUUGGCUCAUAAUCCAGAAAGAUUA